AUGGAUGAUAAAUCCAGUAAGCUCAUCUUGGUUCCUAUUUUAGCUGUCCUUUUUGUUAUGAUAGGUUACCAGUAUAUAUGUCCCGCUGGAAGCAAUUCGUGCCACUUUAAGACUGGGGAGAAAUUAAAAGGGGUAAGUCUACUUUCCACUCCGUACCAGGACAGCGAUGAUUUUUACAGAGAUCAGGACCUGGAGGACGACAGCCCUCCAAAACUGCCGUCCAAAUUCAACUUCACCGAGAGAGACCUUGACAGACACGUGGAGUUCAACAUUAAAGGGGACGACGUGAUAGUGUUUCUGCACAUCCAGAAGACCGGGGGAACCACUUUUGGGAGGCACUUGGUGAGGAAUAUUCGCUUGGAGCAGCCGUGCGACUGCAAGCCAGGGCAGAAGAAAUGCACAUGUCAUCGGCCAGGGAAGGAAGAGUCGUGGCUCUUCUCCCGGUUCUCUACCGGCUGGAGCUGCGGACUGCACGCAGACUGGACCGAGCUGACGAACUGUGUACCUGGCAUUAUGGAUAAGAAGGAGGCCGAGAGGAAUAGAAGACCUCGGAACUUCUACUACAUCACCAUGCUGCGUGACCCAGUCUCCCGCUACCUGAGUGAGUGGAAGCAUGUCCAGCGAGGGGCCACAUGGAAGACCGCCCUCCAUAUGUGUGAUGGACGCUCACCCACCCAAGACGAGCUGCCCACCUGCUACAGUGGGGACGACUGGUCUGGUGUCACCCUGACAGAGUUUAUGAACUGCCCAUCCAACCUAGCAAAUAACCGCCAGGUCCGCAUGCUGGCUGACUUGAGCCUGGUGGGCUGCUACAACCUGUCCUCUAUGAACGAAAGCCAGCGCAACCACAUCCUUUUGAGCAGUGCCAUGAGCAACUUAAAGAACAUGGCUUUCUACGGCCUGACUGAGUUUCAGCGCAAAACGCAGUACCUGUUUGAGCGGACGUUCAGCCUGCGCUUCAUCUCCGCUUUCACGCAGAUCAACAGCACGCGAGCCGCCAACGUGGACCUGAGCGAACCUGUGCGCAGACGCAUCGAGGAGCUCAACUACUUGGACGUGCAAUUGUACGAGUACGCGAAGGACCUCUUCCUCCAGCGUUUCCAGUUCACCCGCCAGAAGGAGCACCAGGAAGUGCGCUUGAAGAGGCGCGAGGAGAGGCGUUGGCUACGGGAGCAAAGAGAGCAGGGUAGGCCAUGGCCGCCCAAACACAGAGGAGGAGGGAAUAAAGGCGGGAGAGGGGGAGGAGGGUAUGAGAAAGAGACUGACGGGGACUUCCCCACUACUACUGAGGACUACACAAGUCAAGUGGCCCGCUGGUGAGGCUAUGAUCCCAUAACUCGAGAGGGCAAGAGAGAGAGAGUAGUCCGAACACUUACUCUGACUCUGUCUAGCACGUCCUACGUCUCUCUCUUUUUGUCUCACCAUUAAUAUGUCUCCUGCAUCUGUUUCUCAGCUUCAGUGUGAUCCAAGUGCUCUGCUGUUUCUUUAUGAAAACUGCCAAGUCUGUGAGUCUCACAGCAGCUCUGCCUUGGAGUGCCCUUCGGUGUCUUAAAUCUUUAAAUGCUGUUUGUAUAUUUUUGUCAUUUAACUUUUUGCCUUGGUUAUUUAUCAUGUGUUGAAUAAGACAGUCGACUGAGGUGAAAAGGGGGAAAAAAAAUCAAAAGAAGCUGCCAUAGACUUUUGCAUAGCUUUUAAUUUUGACAUUCACUGCAAAAUUGAUGAAUGCCAUUGAAGUCAUUGUCUUUGUUCCAACUGGUAGAAAACAUAUUCCAUUUGAAAGAUGUAGUUGUAGAAGAGCUGACGGUUGCAUGUCACAUAUCCACACUAUACUUACAAUUGGGAAGAGUGAUUUCCAAAAGAUAUAAUGUAAACCAAAGUGAUUACAGAAGACAGUGUAUGGAUUUUAUUUCUAUUCAAUGCCAAUGCAACCCUCUCUAAAG